CUCUCUGCAACGACUUCCGUUUUGUUGUGGUCGCCAUUUUGGAUUGAGAGUUGGCUCACUUGGAACACAUAACAUUAGCUAGCAAGCUGGCCUGACCACCGGUGCAAGCAAAAGAAUUAGCUGAAGGACAGUGGGCAAAGGUGGCAGUCCUAGCUUUUAGACUAACGUGUUAAACAUGACAUGUGCACCCCCUUCGUCUUGCUAAGUAGCAACAAUAGCUAAGCAGAUAUGAUAGCUAACUUGCCGUGGAGCUGAGCAACAACACCGGCUUUGAAGAGAGCGAACACCAUCAGUCUGUACACACUGAAUGGCAGGUUUACUUGUUUGUUAGCCUUUUAAUUCAGCGAGGCAACCUGCGUGAAGCAAGUCUUCACACGUAACAAACGACACUGAUGCUUCAGUUCUUCUGGAAGACAGUACACCUGCUUCUGGUGUAAACUACUCGGAGGAGAAAUGUAUCAACUUCCAGUAAAUAAUCUCUCAAGAAUCCGGAAAGCUAGGAAACAAGUGAAAAAAGCACUUGGAGACAUUGGAUUGGAGUACUGCAAGGAGGCAGCAGAGGAGUUCAAAGAGUUUUGCCCAAAUGAGCAAUUUGUAAAGGGUACGCUUUGCCUUGAUAUCUGCGCGUGGGAUCCAUCCUACUCUAAAACACAGGAAUACAGAUCAAAGCCAUUUUGCUGCACAGAGUGCCCAUUUUCUUCCAAGUACUACUCAGGCUACAAGAAUCACUUCCGCAAUGUACACAAGGAAAUCUUUGACAGUAAUAUUCUGCUCAACUGUCCAUACUGCACAUUCACUGCAGGCAAGAGAACUUUGGAGACACAUGUUAAAAUAUUCCACAUACCUAGUUCACGGCAAUAUUACGGGAGCUCACUGGGAAUGAAAGACAAGUCGGAUGUUGACAUACCCAAACAAAGCGAUGUGGAGAAAGCGAUGUACUUUUGCAAAAAAUGCAGUUUCCGGGACACACUCUACAACAUUGUGAGAAGGCACAUCUACAGGGAACAUUUUCAGCAUAUUGUCUCACCAUAUGUUGGAAUGGUUUCUGAUUCAGCUGUCAAAAAUGGUGCUAAUUCUGUCAGUGGUAAUAACAUCCUCUGUAAAUUCUGCCAGUUCUCCACUCGUAGCUAUGAGGCUCUAGUACAGCAUGUUAUAGAGUACCAUGAGCGCAUUGGUGCUCAAGUAACCACCAUGAUUGGACAUGCUAAUAUUAUUGUCUCCAGGUCUCAGUCUUUAGCGGUCACCUCUCAAAAAGCCCCUAUUAGGGCCCACCCACUUCGAACUGAAUCAACAGCACAACCAGUAAUUGGAUAUUUAAAGCCAAUGGCCCCUGUCUUAAAAAGUCAGUCGUCAGUCGUUGCCAGUCAGUAUUUUACCAUUCCUGGCGCUUUGAGUGAAACUAAGGCUACUGGUGUAAACACAGGCACUGGUGUAAACACAGCCCAAACACAGAAGUGGAAGAUAUGUACAGUUUGCAAUGAGCUUUUUCCUGAAAACCUUUAUAGUGCUCAUUUUGAGAGUGCGCACAAGGCAAAGAAAGUGUGGACUCUGGCUAAGUACAUCAUGAAAAUCCACAACUUCACCAGCAAGUGUUUGCUUUGCAAUCGCUAUCUGCCCAGCGAUACACUGCUUAACCAUAUGCUUAUUCAUGGGCUCACCUGUCCGCAGUGCCACUCUGCUUUCCACAGUGUUGAGAAAAUCAUGGAGCAUGUGGCUCAGGCUCACCCUGAUGACUUUGUUGGACCCCCUGGUGCAUCACCGCUAACUUUUGAUCUUACUAUUAAACAAGAAAAGUCUAGUAAUGUUCAGCUUCUUGUUCUCACUUUUAACAUGAAGGAAUCUAUCAAUGGUCAAGAUCAGUCUGCAUCUGCUCAGAAUAGUGUUCCACCUCUUGUCAAACUAAGUGCUCCAAGAAUGAUUGAGAAGAAAAGUGAACCACUUCCUAGUAGUUUCCCUUCAUCGACUCAGAAAAGUGAGGUUGGGAAAACUCUGUGUCCACUGUGUUUCACUAUCCUCAAAGGUCCCAUCUCUGAUGCUCUGGCUAUGCAUUUAAGAGAGCGACACCAAGUGCUGCAAACAAUGCAUCCUGUUGAAAAAAAGAUGACAUACAAGUGCAUUCAUUGCUUAGGAGUGUACACAAGUAACAUGGUGGCCUCCACAAUCACACUGCAUCUUGUCCAGUGUAGAGCUGUAGGAAGGAACCAGGCAAGCCAUGGCUUCAAGCCUGCCUUGACCCUCAACUCAUCUGGGGCUGGCUUUCUCAAGAGACAGGCACCGACACAGGCCACACCAAACCCCAAGAGGAUAAAACAGAGCAAGGAGUCAAAGAUUUCUUCCACCACCACUGGAAAUCAGGGUGAAUAUGAUGGCCUUGCUCUGGAUCCGAGAAGCUAUGAACACAAAACAUAUGAGGCCAGAAAGAAUUUCCUAACUGCCUACUUCAACCGACGGCCAUACCUUUCUCCUCAGGAAGAGGAGAAGCUGUCUGCAAGUCUGUGGCUGUGGAAGUCUGACAUUUCUAAUCAUUUUGUAACUAAGCAAAGGAUAUGUGAAAGACAGUGUGAGACCCGGAAGGUGUCUGUGCUGCUUGGUUUUGACAUGCAUGCUCUCAAGCAAGUUAAGCAUAACUUGAUCUUUGAGAAGUACAAGUUCAAGGGCAUGUCAGUGGGGAGCUCUGGAGCCCUGAAGUCUAGUGCUCCAAACACAGACCAAAACAAGCAGUGUGAGACACUGAACUGUACCUUAAAACUCAGUACCUGCACAGAGGCUAUUUCUGUUGACUCAGACAGUGAACCAGAAACAAUAGCUAGACCAAAUGAGAAUGGAAACAUUGUCAUGAAACAAAGUGAGAAGGUAACAUCCCAGGAGCCAGUAAAGAUGACAGAAGAGACAGAACCUGUGAACACAGAUGAUCUGAAAGAGAAGGCGAGCUCUUUGCAAGAUGGGAAUGCAAAUACUUGGAUGGCUUUCUGUUAGUGUCCCUGCUUAGCGGGGUGCCUUGGAUGAGUCACAUCUUGGCUGUAAAGGAGUGUGUCAACUAAGUUCAAAACCAGGUCUUUAGACAAUUUGGUCAGUUAUGAAAUAGGCUACUAAAACUCUAUUUCCAAAUGAUGGUCUUGUUACCAGUGUUGGAUUGAAGGAAAGCGGUUCACCUAUAGUGCAUAAAUAUAUGGCAUACGUAAGUAACAAUGUAUAUACUUUAGCCAUGGUUCUUUGUUAGUCUCUUCAUGCAGUCUGUGUUAGUCACUGGUUAACUGUCUCAAGAUUUAUGGUUAUGUCAUCCUAAUUCCACAGGGAUAUUUCUCAACUGUGGCAAACAACUGCAUCAUGUUGUCAUUUCACAUUUAGGUUUAGGAUAUGCAAGUUGCUUAUGUACACAUUUUAAUAAAUGUUUGUUUAAUUUAAAAA